AUGCAUUUACGUUCCACUGCCAUCUUGUCUGCUGUCGUGUUCACCUCAGUUGCUCUUUCUGCUCCUACUUCAGGACAGAACAUCGACAUCGACUUUCCUGAUGAAUCUAUUGCAGGUGCAAUUCCUCUUUCUUAUGACUUAGUUCCAAUUAUUGGUUCUUAUCAAGGACAAAAUGUCAUUCUUAUUGUCAACAGUACCAUUGCUGCUGCCUCAGAAGCUGCUGCUUCAGAAGGCAAGUCUAAGAGAGAUGCCAACGCCUGGCAUUGGACCAGUUACGGCGUCUUCGAACCUGGUAAAAGAGACGCCAACGCUAAUGCAGCCCCAUGGCAUUGGACCAGUUACGGUGUUUUUGAGCCUGGAAAGAGAGACGCUAAUGCCGACGCAGCCCCAUGGCAUUGGACCAGCUACGGUGUUUUUGAACCUGGCAAG